GUGAGGGGUGGCCUCUGGUGGAGAAAGGUGGAAUUUUACCUUCUUUAUGUGCUGUACCUUUAAGAAAUCAAAAACGCGAACGGACUACGGCAACCCCACUAGGCCAUUGAAGGGAGGCGUGACUUCCUGAUAGGAAGAACCGGGAAGAUUCACAGGAAAAGCGAGGUUGGGGGGUUAAUGGUUUAAAAACCCUGUUAUAACACUCGAGUGAGCAAUCAGAUGGAGUUUGAUUGGUCUACCGUGUAUUGGAGACUGGAGAAAUGUGGGUGAUAGUUGCUAGUAACGAAACCUGUCCACUGCCGUAUUUUUGGGGUUUAUUGGUACUGUAACGUGUCGAAUCCAUUGUUUGCACUGUAACGUAUGGGAUGUGGUUUAUUCCCCGCGCAUUUUAUGUGUACUACUUAUACAUUUCGUAAGCACUCGGUUAGGUUUUCUGGUGUUUUGUGUUUGGUAAGAUUGUUUCAAGAAUAAGAUACCUGGUUCACAGAGGGGGACCAAAUUGUUUUGAUUAUAUAAACAAACUCUUAUCCCGGGCUUCAACUAGCCUACUGGGAACUUUGGUUUUCAAUAAAUCCAUUUUAUAUUCAAUUGCAUUUGUGCGCUGUGUGUAUUUCUCCCAGCUACAAAUCUUGGUACCAGGAGUGGGGUUACUUGUACAUAUAGGCGCCCAGGGGUGGUGAGUUAUAGUGCAAACAAUCCAAAAUACGGCAGUGGUGAAGAACGGCUCGGGUCCAGUGAGGAGGAGCCAACCUGGUGUGGUCAGAUCACUGUGCAAGGGAGCGUGCGGAUUGCAGACAAGGCCAGGUGUGCGUCGUUGGAGGGGACGGCAUCCAUCCACUCCCAGGGGACACCGUUGCAGAGACGUUAUCCUUUGAUUAGCGUGCUUUAAGGACUGAAUCUCUCAGGAUGGACGUAUCGAUUAAUCUUGAAAGUGAGGACCCUAUACAGGUGGACAUUCAAGCACAGUUGACUAAACUUAGAGAGGAGCAUGAAAGAGCUAUGGCUACCAUUGCAGGUUUGCGAGGUGAAGACAAUAGAUCUUAUGUCUAUAUUUCCAGGGAGCGUCACAUUGCUCCCUUUAGCGGGGAUCUUGAGAAAGAUGGGAGGUCAGUGGAUAACUUCAUUGAAGAGAUUGAGAGGGUUCUCCGUACAAUGGCAAAUCGGUCAGCUCAUGAUAAGUAUGAUUUUGUCAUGUCAUUACUGAAAGGGUCUGCUUUAGAAGAAGUACGACUUUGCACAGAUGACAAACCCAUUCUGGUGGAAGACUUGUAUAAGCACUUGAGGGAAGCGUUCACUGAUAAACGUAGUGUGCCCCAGCUCCUGCAUGAUUUCUAUAGCUGCAAACAGAGAGAGGGUGAGGACAUACUUGACUAUUCCCAUGCCGUGCGGAAGGCCUUGCAACAGGUUGUCAAACGCUCACCUACUUCAAUUUCCAAUGUGCAAGUGGCCUUGCGGGACCAGUUUGUGGAGGGGAUUCGUGAGCCUACUCUGAGACGGGAACUUAGAAGAUACGUGAGAGGUAAACCCGCUAGCACAAUGGUAGAAGUGCGUGAGGAAGCUAGUCUCUGGACAAUGGAGGAGCCCUCUGCACAUGCCAAAUCCACCAAGAGUAAGAGUAGAGUAUCUGAUCAGGGAGAUGAGGCCUACUGUGCAGCAGUUGGCGCCUCGGGACAAAAUCCCAUGAGCUUGAAUGACGUUUUGAAGGUGGUGUCAGAGCAAGGGAAGCAAAUUAAUGAGCUAACACAAGCAAUAAAAGACCUAACAACUCAGACAGCAACCACCUCCAGGGUACAGCCCCGGGCUCCUUUAAGAUUUACACAAGAUGGUAAGCCAAUCUGUCUGAAGUGUCAGAAAGAAGGCCAUAUCGCCAAAGAAUGUCCACAGAAAUACAAGGUGAGGGGGGUGGUUAACUCUGGGGCUCAGGGAAACGACCCACCCCAAUUGCUGUGAGCCAGGCAAUUCGGGGAGAAAAUACAGGCUCAAAGAUGUUACCCUCUCAUGACGUCUUAUUGCAACGAGCAGUAGGCACUUGUCCAGUGGUAGAAAUUAAGGUGAGGGGUGUACCCAUUUCUUGUUUGCUGGAUACAGGGAGUCAAGUGAGCACCAUUACUGAAAAAUUCUUCUAUGAGCAUUUGGG